AUGGAUCGUAGUUGGAUGAAAGCUAAUCGUUUAGGUGCAGAGUACGAUAAAGGAAUGGAAAAGUUUUUUCAAUAUGCUCGUGAAAAACUUCCUAAUAAUAAUAAGUUUUAUUGCCCCUGUGUUAAAUGUUUGAAUAGAGAGCCGCCACUUUUAAUAGAUGAAAUACGAAAUCAUCUGGUUUGUGAGGGCAUUUGUAAAAGUUAUACCAAUUGGAUAUGGCACGGAGAACCAUCAAACGACAUGCCAAGUGUGUCCGAAAGGGAGGUAGUUGAUGUAGAUAUGGACAAUCGGCUAGAGGAUAUGAUCAAUGAUAUUGGACUAGAGUCUUUUCAGCGUGCUCAUAUGUACGAUACUUUGUGCAGUGACAAUGAAAAACCGUUGUAUCCGGGAUGCUCUAACUUCACACGGUUAUAUGCAGUGUUGAGAUUGUUCAACUUAAAGGCAAGAAAUGGAUGGACGGAUAAAAGUUUUACAAAACUACUUGAGUUAUUAUGUGAAAUGCUCCCUGAAGGUAACAAUUUGCCAAAUCGUAACUACGAGGCAAAGAAGAUAUUGUGUCCGAUGGGCAUGGAGUACAAGAAAAUGCACGCAUGUCCUAAUGAUUGCAUAUUAUAUCGAAAUGAGUAUGAAGACUUGAAGGAUUGUCCCACAUGCGGGAAAUCACGUUUCAAAGUGAAAGAUGGUGAUUUUAAUAAUGAUGAAAACACAAAGCGUCCUCCUGCAAAGGUGUUGUGGUAUCUUCCAAUAAUUCCAAGGCUCAAAAGAUUAUUCUCUAAUGCAAACGAUGCAAAGAAUAUUUUAUGGCAUGCGAUUGAGAGGGAAUGUGACGGACAACUUCGUCAUCCAGCUGAUUCUUUGAAAUGGAAGAAAGUUGAUGAUUUGUAUCCGGAUUUUGGUAAUGAAGCAAGAAACCUUAGACUUGGACUUGCUACGGAUGGAAUGAAUCCAUAUGGAAACUUAAGUAGUAAUCAUAGUUCAUGGCCUGUUCUUUUAAUCAUCUAUAAUUUGUCUCCUUCGAUUUGUAUGAAACGAAAAUAUAUUAUGUUAUCUAUGAUGAUUUCUGGUCCAAAGCAGCCAGGAAAUGAUAUAGAUGUUUAUCUAAGUCCUUUGAUUGAGGAUUUGAGAAUGCUUUGGGAGGAAGGUGUUGAUGUGUUUGAUGGCUAUUCUAAUGAGAAUUUCAAGAUGCGUGCAAUGUUAUUUUGCACUAUCAAUGAUUUUCCUGCAUAUGGAAACUUGUUGAGAAAUGCAUUUAAUAGAGAGCAAGAGAAUGGAAUUGCUCCAAAAGCAUUAACUGGAGAGGAAGUUUAUGGACGGGUGAAGGAUGUCAAUGUUUUAUUUGGAAAGGACCAAAAAAAAGCCACUCAUACAAAUAUAUGGAAGAAGAGGUCGGUGUUUUUUGAUCUACCUUACUGGUGGAGUUUAGAUGUUAGACAUUGUAUCGAUGUGAUGCAUGUGGAGAAAAAUGUGUGUGAUAGUGUAAUCGGAACACUUCUCAACGUUCAGGGAAAAACAAAGGAUAAUGUGAAUGCUCGUUUAGAUAUGAUUGAGAUUGGUAUACGACAACAAUUAGCUCCACAGUCAGCAGGUAAGCGAACAUAUUUACCUCCAGCUUGUCAUACUUUGUCAAAAGAUGAGAAAAGAAGCUUUUGUGAGUGUCUAAGUAGCAUAAAAGUGCCUCAUGGUUACUCUUCAAAUGUCAAGAGUCUUGUCUCAAUGAAAGAUUUGAAAUUGGUUGGCAUGAAGUCUCAUGAUUGUCAUGUAUUGAUGCAACAACUAUUACCAGUUGCUAUUCGGGGAAUAUUACCUAAAAAGGUUAGAGUUGUAUUGACUAGGCUUUGUUUGUUCUUCAAUGCUAUUUGUAGCAAAGUCAUUGAUCCUAAAAAAUUAGAUGAUUUGGAAAAUGAAGCUGCUAUUAUCUUGUGCCAACUGGAGAUGUAUUUUCCUCCUUCUUUUUUUGAUAUCAUGGUUCACCUAAUUGUUCAUCUAGUGAGGGAGAUUAGAUUGUGUGGUCCUGUUUAUUUGAGGUGGAUUUAUCCAGUUGAAAGAUAUAUGAAGAUCUUAAAAGGGUAUGUGAAGAACCAACACCGUCCUGAAGCAUCUAUUGUUGAGAGAUACAUCGCUGAGGAAGCUAUUGAGUUUUGUUCUAACUACAUGUCUGAAGCGAAUGCUAUAGGAAUUCCUAAGUCUUGUCGUGGUGGAAAAUGUGGAGGUAUUCGGGGUUUAAAGCUUAAGAGCAUGGGCCGAGUGGAAGUACUUCGAGCACAAAUGUAUAUAUUGAAUAAUACUAAUGAAGUUCUACCUUACAUUUCUGCUAACAAAAACAUUGUCAAGGAAACAUUUCCACGAAUGAAUGAAAAAUGGGCAUUGAUUGAGCAUAACAAGACUUUCUUAAAGUGGUUUAAAGAAGCCAUUUUAGCUGACAAUACAUGUUCUGAAACAUUAAAAGUUCUAGCAAGGGCUCCUAAAUUUGAUGUCAUAAGUUGGACUGGCUAUGAUAUCAAUAAUUUUACAUUCUAUACAAAGACCCAAGAUGACACUAGUACUAUGCAAAAUAGUGGGGUUAUGGUGGUUGUGGGAUAA